AUGGGUGAAGUGGCUUAUAUGGACGAAGGAGACUUACAAGCCAUAGUGAGGGGCUACUCAGGCUCUGGAGACGCGUUUUCCGGUGAAAGCUCUGGUGGGGUUUCACCUUCGUUUUGUCUCCCGAUGGAGAUGGCUAGUUUCUACGAACCGGAGAUGGAAACAACCGGUUUAGAUGAACUCGGUGAACUCUACAAACCAUUUUAUCCUUUCUCCACACAAACGAUCCUCACGAGCUCCGUUUCUGUCCCCGACGAUUCUAGAAGUUUCCGAGAUGAGAAGAAACAACGAGCUCAUGGCGGUUGUCUUCUAUCCAACGGAUCAAGAGUUGAUCAUAUCCGAAUCCCAGAAUCCAAAUCGAAGAAGAGCAAGAAGAAUCAACAGAAGAGAGUUGUUGAGCAAGUGAAGGAAGAGAAUCUGUUGUCGGACGCAUGGGCGUGGCGUAAAUACGGGCAGAAACCCAUCAAAGGAUCUCCUUACCCAAGGAGUUAUUACAGGUGCAGUAGCUCAAAGGGGUGUUUGGCAAGAAAACAAGUCGAAAGAAAUCCUCAGAACCCAGAGAAAUUCACCAUAACGUAUACGAAUGAGCACAACCAUGAGUUACCAACCCGGAGAAACUCAUUAGCCGGUUCGACUCGAGCCAAAACUUCUCAACCCAAACCGUCCGUAGCCAAAAAAACCGGAAAACAAGUUGUUUCUUCUCCCACAAGUAACCCCAUGAUCACAUCCGCUGAUGAAUCUUCUGUUGCUGUUCAAGACAUGGAGGUUGCAGAAACGAGCGCCUACCAAACAUCAGGAGAAAUGGAGAGCAUGAGUAGCCAUUUGCCACAAGAUUUAAUGUCUGGAACCGGAACUUUCCCGAGUUUUACCGGUGACUUCGAUGAACUACUAAUUAGCCAGGAGUUCUUCAAUGGGUACUUAUGGAAUUACUAG